AUGGAUCUAUGGGUUAGCCUCGAGGAAGCAUACAGUGGAAAUUUCGUCGAAGUGACAAGGUUGAAAUCUUUAUAUAAGCAAACUGCGGGUACCAGAAAAUGUAACUGUCGCCACGAGAUGCGCACUGAACAGCUGGGUGCUGGGAGGUUCCAGAUGUUUCAAAUGAAAGUAUGUGAUGACUGCCCAAACGUGAUGCUGGUACACGAAUCGAGGACCCUCGAGGUAGAAAUUGAAGCUGGAGUGGAUGAUGGUCAAACACAGACAUUCUCCGGCGAGGGUGAGCCACACAUUGAAGGUGAACCGGGUGACCUGAAAUUCGUGUUUAGGAUCGAAAAACAUCCAGUAUUCGAGCGGCGUGGCCUGGAUCUUUACACAAAUCUUACCAUUUCAUUGCAGGACGCUUUAAAUGGUUUCAAAACUGAAAUAACGCACCUCGACGGACACAAAGUUGAGAUUGUGCGCGAAAAAAUAACGUGGCCAGGUGCAAGAAUUCGGAAAAAAGACGAGGGAAUGCCAGCCAUGGAGAAUAACAAUAAAAAGGGCAUUCUCUAUGUAACCGUUGAUGUUGAAUUCCCACGAGGCGAACUGACUGCUGAGCAAAAAGAAACCAUCAAAUCACUGCUAAAACAGAACUCCGUACUACCUAAGGUAAGUUUAUUACUUACAAAAAAAACUCGUUUCCUUCCCACCUGGAUCGAAAAACAUCCAAUAUUCGAGCGGCGUGGCCUGGAUCUUUACACAAAUCUUACCAUUUCAUUGCAGGACGCGUUAAAUGGUUUCAAAACUGAAAUAACGCAUCUCGAUGGACACAAAGUUGAGAUUGUGCGCGAAAAAAUAACGUGGCCAGGUGCAAGAAUUCGGAAGAAAGACGAGGGAAUGCCAGCCAUGGAGAAUAACAAUAAAAAGGGCAUUCUCUAUGUGACCGUUGAUGUCGAAUUCCCACGAGGUGAACUGACUGCUGAGCAAAAAGAAACCAUCAAAUCACUGCUAAAACAGGACUCCGUACUACCUAAGGUAUCUUUAUUACUUUAA